UUUGUCUUAGCAUGUCUAUAAUGUAUUUAUAACUAAACUUCAACUAUAUAUAGAUAAGAAGUUGGAUAAAGUCAUUAAAAUACAGGCCUUCCCAACCUUAAUAAUAAGAAUAAGAAGUGAAUAAUCAUUGGAAAUAUAAUAUUUAGAUACGUGUGCUGCUCUGAAAUCAAAACAAAAUCUGUUUCUAUAUAAUUUAACUUUUGGUUUAAUUAUACAGUUAUCACUAUUAAAUAAAUUUGGAUAACGAAGAUAUUGUCGAAUACCGUCCACUCAAAAAAAAAAAACUGGUAGGAUUCCACUUCAAAUUGAUAUGAUAUAAAUAUCAGUGAAUGAAAUAGAAAAAAUGGAAAUAGCGCUUCAAUAUGUAUCAUUUAACAUUCUCUAUAGUGCUCAUUGGAUUAUGGUUUUUGACGGGUUCUGCUGAACGUGUUGCUGUUGUUCAGGUUUUUAGACAUGGUCAACGCACGCCAGUGAACUUUUACCCUAAUGAUCCAUAUAAGGACUCUGAAGUAUGGAAUGGAAAGAGUCUUGGAGAACUAACAAACACUGGAAAAUCUCAACAUUUGGAUUUAGGAAAGUUCACAAGAAACCUAUACUCUGAUUUUCUCUCAGAAAAAUAUAAUCAUACUGAGUUUCGUAUAGAAACCACUGAUGUUGAUAGAACGCAUAUGUCUGCUCAAGUUAAUGUCUAUGGAAUAUUUCCUGCCUCAGGUGACGAAGUAUGGCAUUCUAGCUUAAAUUGGCAACCCAUUCCUAUUCAUCCAUCUGAUGCGUCCAUCUGGAGCAGUACAUAUUAUCCACUAACCUGCGAUAUUUUUCUCAAAUUGUUUACGGAAGUCCUCAAUAGUGAUGUAUAUCAAAAUAUUAAUAAGGAAUAUGCUUCUACGUUCGAAAUUUUAUCCUCAAAUUCCGGUGAAAAAGUUACUGAUAUUGUAGGUGUUAUGAACAUUUGGGAUCCAUUGAAAUCGGAAGAUUCUCUUGGUUUGCCUCUACCUGAAUGGACGAAAGACGUUUAUCCGGAACCCUUCCGCACUUUAACCGGAUAUGCUUUCGCAUCAAGCACUUACACGACACAAAUGAAAAGAAUUGUGAUGGGACCUUUUCUUAAUGAUUUAGUGGAGUAUUUUGAAUCUAUGGUGAAAGAUCCUACAUCUUCUCCCAAAUUGAAAUUAUAUAGUGGUCACGACACUAACGUUGCUGCUCUUCUUAACACGCUUGGAGCUUUCGACCCUCCUUAUCCUCCAGCAUUUGCCAGCAGCAUUUACUUCGAAUUGGACAGAGAAGGUGCAGAAUAUUAUGUAAAAGUAUUUAGCAAAGAUGGUGAUGACUUCAAACAAAUUACAAUUGAGGGAUGUCAUUCGAAUUGUAGUUUUUCUGAUUUUAAAUCGAAGCUUGAUGACGUUAUUGUAGAUGUCGCUACUAGAGAUAAGGAGUGCUUGGAAGGUGCUGUGUCCUUGGGAGACUCCACGAAUUAUAACAAUCAAUACGUCACAGAUCUCAUAAAAAGGCUCCGAAGUUUGAGAACUUGAGCAGUUUGUUAUUAUUCAUAGAAACAAUUGCAACUGUAUUUUUUUCAAAUGUAUUCGUAUUAUUCAUGUGAAUGAGUUAUUAAUAAAUAUAUUAAAUUCAAGUUACAAUCACA